UUGACGAGAGGGCGCCCGGGAAGGCAUGGUCUUAGCUGGCCCACGCGGGCACGCCGGCUCCCGGGCAGGGCGCCCCCCGCGGGACUCCUCCCGGCCUCCUGUCUGCAGAGCCCUGGCCGAGGAGGGCGGUGGCCGCUGCCUGUUUGCGCCCUGCGCAGGAGAGGGCAGGACCUGCCGGAGGCGCAGAGUGAAGACCAGGGGCCCGGCCCGGGAAGAUGGCCCACUACGGGAGGUGCCUGGACACCGCGAGGGAGCAGCUCGGCAAGUUCAAGGCCAGCAAGGACAGCCUGGAGCAGUUCCUGGAGGCCGCGGCCAGCUCCCUGCAGGCAGGCGCCCAGCCCUCCCCACCCCCAGCUGCCUUCCUCCCGCCUGCCGGGCCCCCCACCCCUGGCCACGUGGCACGCCUGCCCCAGGAAUGCCCUCAGACCACCUUCUGCACCAGUGGAGGUCCAGCUGCCGAGGCCGCUGGCCUCCCAGGACGAGACCCCCGACCUGGGAAGCACGGGGCCUCCCGUGCGUGGCGUCCGGCUCCGAGCGGGCGCCACAGCUGGCCGAGCCCCAGCCCGGCGGGGACCGGGGCGCCCAGCACCCUCCCUGAGCCGCCUCUGCCCACCCCAGUGAUCUGCUACCUGGCGGCCUUCCAGCUGGAGGAGCUGGGCUUCCCGCUCUUCUGCCGCAUCGUCAAGACCCAGCCCCUGAGCAAAGUGUGCCCGGAAGGGCCCUCCGUGGCCUCUCCCCCUUUGUCUCCCAGAUGGCAGCCGGAGGUCCAGGAGUUCAUCAGCCAGCUGGAGGGGCUGCUGACCCAUCAGACCCCUCUUUCCAACGCCAAGGCCAAGGUCACAGAGCCCAAGGAGUUCAGCCUGACGGCGCCCAGGCCCCGGGCCAUCCCCAUGCCUGAGCCAGUUCCCGACAUGGCCAAGCCGAGACCGGUGGGUGCAGGGCCGUGCGGGCCAGCGGCGGGGCGGCGGGUGCGCUGGCCGAGGCCGGGAGCCGUGGUGGCCCCUGGGGCCCCGGGGGGUCGCACCCUCCGAGCCCAACUGCCCUGCCAGAGCGCACAGCCCCGGGGCUGCCCAUGUGCCCCAGCAGGGCCUUGGGAGAUGGCCGAACAGGUGCAGGAGGAGAUGGGCGAUGGACAGGUGGAGGACGAAGGGACUGGCGACGGUAGGCGGUGGGUGGGCGACAGGCCCGGGCGGGGCAGCAGGGCGCGUGCCAGGCCCCGUCACCCGCAGGACUCCAAGAAGCCACAGCUCCAACUGCCACCCCGGAUCCGCAGGACUCCCACACUGACCUUCUUCAGGCCUAACGCUGCCCCGGUCAAGCUGAACACCGCUGCCAUCCUGCGGGAAGGGGCCCUGUACCAGCAGCAGGUGGAGAGAGAGCUGCAGAGGGUCGACAAGCUGGUGGACGGGGCCGGGGACUUCUCCGAGUUCCUCCUGUGGCAGAAGAGGAUGCAGGCCAAGGGCCGGGAGGAGCAGCUGGCGGCCAGCGAGUGCCGGCGGCUGCAGGGCCAGCUCAGCCACGAGGAGGCCGCGCUGGCCCGGCAGCGCCUGGUGCUGGAGAACAGGCGGAAGGCGGACAGGAAGAAGGAGGAGGUGGGCGGCGCGGCCGGGCGUGUCCCCGGGGGGCCCGGACUCCAGGGCCCCGCCCAGGUCCCGGGGUACGGCCUGGAAGGGGAGAUGUCCCUGGUGGAGCUGCGCGAGCGGCUGGCCCUGCUCAAGGAGACCCAGCGGCUGCAGGAGGAGGAGAAGCGGGACCAGAUCGUGCGGGACAAGCGAGCCAGGGCCCGGGAGCUGCAGGACGCCGCCCAGCGGAUCUCCCUGUGCCGCGCGGCCAUGGGGAGGGCAGCCGCCCUCAGGUACCCGGGGGUGGGGCCGGGCAGCGCCUGCCUCUGCAGCCCCGGGCUGGCGGGCUGGCUCUGCUCCAACCCCCAAGUCCUCCCGGCCUCCCCCUCCCGCCUCCCCCCUGCACCUGACAUCUCAGGCAAGUUCCCAGCAGGUGGAAAGGGUCAAAGGGCAGCGAAGCUCCUCUGCCCUGCGCGCGCGUUUGCCCGCCUGGCACCAGGCACGAUACCCCCAACACUGUGGGCUGCUCCCCUGAUGGGGCUCUCAGGGGCAGGGGCGGCUGCAAUCGAGGGCGGCUUGUCCCAGGCCUUGGGGAUCCUAGGCGAGGCCUAG